CGAUGACAUUCAGAGUUAAUUUGGAAGAACCGAAAAGAGUAACCAUCUAGCAGGACUUUUAUAAGUUUAAACCAUAGAAUUAAGGAAUACAGAUGGGUGCCUUUGUAAGUGAUAUACAGGGAGAUAAAAGCACUAUUGUGGAAGAAUUAACCAGUCCAUCCAAGGGUGACUGGAUAACUCUUCAUUCUGAGAUCACUGGAGUUACAAUGGUGGAGGUGGAACGUUUGUGGCUGCGUUUCCAACAAAUGGGAUGUGACGAAAAUGGAAUACUUUCAGAAGAAACUGUGAAAAACAACCCAAAAUUUAAGGAUGAUGUCUUUGUAAGGAAUGUCUUGGUGAAAUUUGCAGACCAAAAAGGGGAUAUCCACUUUCAAACUUUUCUCAAUGCCAUGGAGUGGUUUGAAGAAUCUGAUAUUGAAACAAAACUAAAAGCAACCUUUAGUCUGUUUAACAAUGGGAACCCAAUCUAUCCAGAAAUGCUGGAGAGAAUUAUCAAACGAGUUUAUUCAGAGGAUUCAGAGGCAUCACAUAAAAGGCUUACACAAGUAUUUAUGAAGUACAUAGAUGACAAAAAUCAAGGCUUUAUUGAUCAAGAUAUGUUUGUACGAUGGGCAGCAACUUUGCCAAAAGAAUCCCUGGAACAAGUAAUGCAUUUCUCUGUGGUCCCACCAGAAAUCAAUGGAGAGGCACAGAAAGCAUUUGAAGGCAGAUCUCGUUUGGCAAAAAAUUGAGCCGUUUCCAGACACUGUGUAAUGGAAUCCACCAGAGGUUACAUCUCCUGGCCAUCGUCAGCUUUAUAUGUGCCAUACCUGCUGUGCAGCUCUUUUCCUUUAGCUAUAUAUGUAUGCAAUGUGUUUCAUUUAGGCUAAGUUACAAUUACACACACACA